AUGUAUCAAGCGGCGGUUCGGUCGCUAUCGCGGUGUUGUCACAAGGGCGCAUGUCUCAGUCGGGCAACCGAAAACGAUGGCAGCGCAUGCAACGACGGCAAUCGAUCGGUGAGCGUGCCCGAGCAGAUGGCGGAUGGUUAUGGGACUGGGCGCAGAGCAAUGGUGUAUCCGACAGCAACGAUGUACGAAGACGGGAGGUAUCGCGAAAGAGGGCCGGAGUUCGGAUGGUGUUGCGCAGGGAAGCCGAGUUGGACGAGUUGCAGGUGUAGAAAUGUCAGCCGUCGUAAAAGUCGAGUCGGAUCUCGUCGUCUGGAGCUUCCCCCUUGUUGGGUGCGGGUUGUUAGAGAUUGGCAGGAAUGCCCUGGGACUGCGGUGGAAAAGCGUGGGUGA